UCACCGGCACCAAUCGAUUUGAGUGGAAACUUUAAUUCAAAUCAUCAAACCGCUAUAUCUAUUCACAACUUUUGUCCCUGUCGUUUCUUCACGCUCCUCCCCAAUUCGAUUUCGCCUUCUCCUUCUUCUUCUUAUUGUCCUAGCUUAGGGUUUUUUUGAUUUCUCAAUAAUUAUUGCGAAGUUAAUUUUAGGAAUUUUUUUCAAGAAAAAGUUUCUUUAGAAAGGAUUUAAUCAAUGUCUGCUUCCACAGUGUCCAUCACCGCCAAUCCGUCCUCCGUCGCCACCCGGCGGCGAACCGCCGUCGAGAAAAGGCAGCCCGCCGCUUUGGACAUUGCCGAAUCCAACUUAGCGGCCGCGGCCGCUGCAGCCGCCGUCGCGUCUCCAUCCACAGGCAACGAUAAACACGCCGCAGGCGACGCUGCUAUCAAAGAUCUAAGUCAACAUUCAAUCCGAACGGAAACUAGAGAUCCAAUUCAAGCCGUCAGGAAGCCCUUGCCCAACUCAAACGGCGCCUCGCCUUCGUCUCGCCGUGCGGGGACCACGAAGAAAUCUUCCAAGCCCGAGAAACCGCGCUGGCUCACGGUUGUUAGUAUAUUCACUAAGAAUUUAUGUCUUUUGUUAAUCAUAGUAGGUUUAAUUCAGAUGGUUCGGAGAAUUUUUGUCGAUUCGGGAAGUCGAAAUACUGACGGACUCACCGUGAUCUCUGACGAUUUCGAGGGCAAAGUUGCGGAACUGGAGAAUUUUUUGAAGAAAACUACUAAGAUGAUGCAAGUCCAAGUAGAUGUCAUCGACAAAAAGAUCGAGAGUGAAAUUAAAACCGUGAGAAAUGAAUUUAGUGAGAAGCUUGAGGAAAAAGGUGCAGAAUUGGAUGCAAAAUUUAAGGAAUUGGAUGGGAGGAGUGAGAAUUUGAAGAAGUUGGUGAUCGAAAUGGAAACCAAGAAUUGGGUGUCUAAAGAAGAGUUUGAUAAAUUUCUGGAUGAGUUCAAGGAGAAGAAAGGUGUUGAGAUCAGCGAUGUGAGUUUGGAUGAGGUAAGGGCUUAUGCUAGGGAUAUAGUUGAGAGGGAGAUUGAGAAACACGCCGCAGAUGGGCUAGGGAGGGUGGACUUUGCCUUGGCUUCUGGUGGGGCAAUGGUGGUGAAACACUCAGAGCCCUUUGUUGCAAAGGGAGGGAGUAGCACUUGGAUUUCUUUGACUAAUCGGUAUAGAGUUCAUUCAGAUGCCGUGAAGAUGCUGACACCAAGUUUUGGAGAACCUGGGCAAUGCUUUCCACUCAAAGGAAACAGUGGAUUUGUCCAGAUCAGGCUACGAACAGCCAUUAUUCCAGAGGCUGUGACACUGGAACAUGUUGCUAAGAGUGUUGCUUAUGAUAGGUCCAGCGCUCCCAAGGACUGCAGGGUCUCUGGAUGGCUCCAACGGCAAGAUAUGACCGAUGCAGCAGUUGAUGGUGAGAAGAUGUUUCUUUUGACAGAAUUUACAUACGAUCUUGAGAAGACCAGUGCUCAAACUUUCAACGUGCUGGAGUCUGCAGCCUCGAGUGUUGUCGACACAAUCAGGUUAGAUUUUGGAUCUAAUCACGGGAACCCUUUGCAUACAUGCAUCUACAGAUUGAGGGUACACGGAAGUGAACCCAACUCUGUGUCAAUGAUGCCAAUGGAGUCAUGACACUAUCGUUACUUGGUGGCUGUUGGCAUCCCUUUGUGCUUUGUCCUAUUUAUGUUUGUAAUCUUCCUAGGUGUUCAUUGCUAGUACUAGUAGAUGUAUCAACAAGUUCCCAAUAUUAUCCUUCCCUAUCAUCAUAUUUAGGGAGCAUUGUUUUGUACUUAGUUGGAGGGUAGACAUGUAAAUGUGGUUUUCGUUUCUCAGCUUGACAUUAUCUACUUAAGAUCGAGUUUAGAAAUUUGGUAGCAAGUCAUGCUCUUGUAAAACUUGGAGUACCCUCGUAAACAAUUACUCUUGCCUCGUUCCUUAGUUUGCCAGAAAAUGGUUGUGUAAAAUACUCUGUUAGCAAAAUAAUUGUCAUUGUGAUAGUAUACCUUAAGUUUUGAACUUUGAUUA